UAAGUUGUCCUUUUCCUAUCAAAAAAGAGAAACAUGUCAUAAUGAUAAAAACAUGAGUCGGUGGAAAUGAAAGACCAACGAAAGUCUGUUUCAACAAAUACACAAGAAAUUUAUUGUUUCAUCAUUGUUCCAAAACACUUCUCCUCAAGGAAAGAAAAAAAGAAAGAAAAUAAACAAUGAAAGAGACGAUCGUCCUCUACCCAUCGCCCGGAUUGGGCCAUGUGGUGUCAAUGGUGGAGCUUGGCAAACUCAUCCUUCACCACUACAACAACCGAUACUCCAUCACCAUCCUCCUUACCACUGGCUUUUGGGACACCCCAACCAUCAUCUCUUACAUCAAUUCCGUCUCCCAAGCCUUCCCAUCUAUCUCCUUCUUUCGCUUCCCUUCCAUCUCCAUUGACCUAUCUCAAAACUGCAGCGGUGCCGCCAUUGCCUUCCACUUCAUCCGCCUUCAUGCACCCAACGUCCUCCAUUCUCUUCAACAAAUCUCCAAAUCUCACAAAAUCUCCGCUUUUAUCAUUGAUCUUUUCUGCACUUCGGCUUUAUCUAUGGGAAAAGAUCUUAACAUCCCUACUUUUUACUUCUUUACCUCUGGUGCUUCUACCCUUGCUGCUUUCCUUCAAAUCCCAAAGCUUGAUAAACAAACCUUUGGAAGAAGCUUCAAAGAUCUGCCCAACACGGUCUUCCAUUUUGAGGGUGUGCCAUCGUUGAGAGCUGUACACAUGCCUGAACCUUUACUUGAUAGAGAUGAUCCAGCUUAUCAUGAUUGUAUGUACUUCAUGUCAAGUCUUCAACAAUCAGAUGGAAUCAUAGUCAACACCUUUGAAAAUCUUGAACCCAUUUCCAUUAAGGCUAUUGCUAAGGGUUUAUGCCUUCCUGAUGCUCCAAGUACUCCACCAACGGUCUACAUUGGACCUUUGAUUGCACCAAGUAAACAUGAAGCUGAAAAUGACUAUUGUUUAUCAUGGCUAGAGAAGCAACCGAGUCAAAGCGUAGUGUUCUUGUGUUUUGGAAGCCGUGGGACGUUCUAUCCUCCCCAAGUUAAGGAAAUAGCCAAAGGGUUGGAAAAUAGUGGGCAAAGGUUCUUAUGGGUUGUAAAAGAUCCACCCAAUCAUGAAAAGACUAAGCAAGCUGAAGAUAACCCUGAUGUGGAUUUAGACAGGCUUUUACCAGAAGGAUUUAUGGAGAGAACCAGAGAUAGGGGUUUGGUUGUGAAGUCAUUUGCGCCACAAGUAGUAGUGUUAAACAAGGACUCAAUUGGUGGCUUUGUGACUCACUGUGGGUGGAACUCGGUAUUGGAAGCGGUGGUGGCUGGGGUGCCUAUGAUUGCAUGGCCUUUAUAUGCAGAGCAACACUUGAACCGGAACAUUUUGGUUGAGGAUAUGAAGAUGGCUAUACGGGUGGAGCAAAUGGAGGGGGAUGGGUUUGUGAGUGGAACUGAGUUGGAGAAACGAGUGAGAGAGUUGAUGGAAUCGGAGAAGGGUGAGGAGCUUAGAGAAAAGAGCAGGAAGAUGAAAGAGAAGGCCUUGGCUGCCAUGGGUCCAUCAGGGUCUUCUACUAAAGCACUUACGAAGCUGGUUGAGUUAUGGAAGUAAGGUUGCCGCCGGUGUUUCUUCUAUUGGUCUCUUACAAGGUCAUUAGGUAUGGUGUGAGGCCUAAGGCAGUCACUAACAGAUCUACUGUUUCUAUAUUAGUAUUAGUAUGUAUAGGUA